UUCUCCAUCACCUCCCCCAGCUUGUUUAAACGAAAUUUCUACAAACAGCUCAGAAAAGUGCUUGUAGUCAGUAUCAGCAAACCAAAAACACUCAAAAAUAAGGAUGAGGCCAGCAUUUCAGUGGUUGCUGCUGCUUAUAUGUCACGCGUGGCUGAUCACAGCUGAAACAACAGACAAAGUGUGUCCCCGGCCUCCUGAGGAGGAUGGCACAGAACUGAGUGGAGGACAGCUAUUUUUCGAGCCAGGAACAGAGGUUACACUGUCAUGCAUACAGGGUUACUCAAGCAUCGGAGGGUCACGCAAAAUAACCUGCAAAAGUAAUGGAGAGUGGACCGAGCGGCAGCUGAAGUGCUCCCCAAAGCGGUGUCCGGUUCCUGAACCGCCAACGAACGGAAACGCGGACUUCAACAAGAUUGUUUACAAAAGCGUCAUCACAUAUUCCUGCAAUGAAGGAUAUGUCCUGGUUGGAGCCAGUUCCAGUGAAUGCUUACACACAGGCCAGUGGAGUGACUCCACUCCACAGUGUGAACCUGUUACUUGUGGUCUUCCGCCUAUUCCACCUAACACCAAAAUCGUGUAUGACAGGCAUUUCAACGGGGACACCGUAGAGUUCGGUUUUGGAGGGCUUUAUGAGUGUAUGCCUCCCAUGGUUCUCGUUGGUGAUAAGAGAGCCACAUGCACUGCCGACGGCACAUGGUCGAAACCACCAGAGUGCAAGUUGGUAGUGUGCCCUGUGCCCUUACAAAUAGAGAAUGGCUUUCUGUCAUUUGCUGAGCUGCGACAGCAUGGGUAUAAUGAAAAAGUCAAAUAUGGCUGUCACAGUCCCUACAUCCUUGAUGGACCUGCCGAGGUUGAAUGUGAAGAAACUGGCUCAUGGUCUAGAAUUCCUACAUGUAAAGCUCCACCCACUUAGGAUGUGAGAGAAGGAUGCAAGGAUAAGAUGUGAGGAGAGAGGAAUCGAAGCAAGUCGAAUGGAAUAUCCUUGCUCUCUCAAGUGUCACUUCAAAGCAACAUCAAUUAAUGAUGACUGUGCUCAGCUGGAUUGCCUCACUGCGCUUCAGGGAUCUGCCGUUAUGCUUUUUUUUUUUUUUUUUUUGAUGUGCCAUUAUGUUUUUGGAGCUUGGUUAAUAGCAACAUUCUUAAUAAAGCAAAACAAAACGCA